AUGAACGCUCAAUUAGAACAGAAAUUAGCCAAUGCAUCCUAUGAAGAAGAAGAAUGGAGAAAUAUUAAAUUCAACUUAUCAACAACUUGUAUUGAAGACAAAGUUAUACUUAAUGUUGGUGGUAGCAAAUAUACUACAACUGGUAGUACAUUAACAUGUAUGGGAAAUCCUUUCUUUACUUUACUUUUCUCAGAACAAGGGAAACUUGAACGAGAUCCAAAUGAUAACAGUAUCUUCAUUAAUCGUAAUGGAACGUUAUUUGAACAUAUUCUAGAAUAUUUCAGAACGAAUACCAUACACAGUGACAUAAUGACUAAUGAACCACUUCGUCAACGUCUUAUUAUCGAAGCAGAAUACUUUUGUAUACAUAAUCUGAUUUAUAUAUUGACGGAACCUGAACGAAAACGUCAGCAAGAAGAAGAAAAGUGCAUGGCUAUUGACAAAGGUUUUCCAGGUGGAACAUUACUACAAACAGAGCAUAAAAUGAAAUUUAACGACUUUUAUGAUCAGUUUUAUCAAAACUCUAAUCUAUUAUUAGUGGAAUAUAUUUUUACAUUUUUAUUAAAUAAAUGUCUUUGCUAUUUAAAUUCUGAUUGUACUCAAACGUAA